AUGGAUAGGGAAGAUGUAUCAAGGAAGACACCUCAAACUGCUUCAACAGAGGAUUCAUGUGAAAAGCAUAAGGCGCAAGAGGAUAGGAAAGCUAAACAAAAGAGCUUCCAUGAACGCAGUCCGAGACUGGACCAUGGGUUUAAGAAUCAGUGGGACAAAUGCUGCUUUGAAGACACCUCAAACACCUAUAUCAUAUUUCCUGAAGUACCGAAAAGACAGUUCAAGGGUGCUAAUCUUUCCUUGACUGUAACCGCUCCUGAAUCUGAUACAUCUCUGGUGUCCAAUCCAGCAGAAAAAAAAUGGCAGCUUGCUUAUUCACUCCUUUCCACACUUUUUAUUCGAUCCUCGUCUCUCCCUCCCCGUUUUCUCGCUUCCCAAACAGAACCCAAAAGCUCCUUUCCACCUCGAAACCCUCUUUUUUCUUCCCAACCAAAAAACUCUCUCUCUUCUCUCCGCGGUCUUAUUUUGAAUCAAACCAAAAACAAUAGUCACAUUAAGUCUGAUUGUGAUUUUAUUGUUUCUUCAGCUUUAAAUUCCUUAUUUCUACUCUGCACUUCCCUUUCUCUAUCUCUCUCAUUGUUCGUAACCGAUGUGGGAUCCUCCUCUGCCUUCGUGGUAACUACUCCCCGAAAGUUACAGACCGAUGAGCUGGUUACGGUUCAUCUUUUUCACGAGAACACUCCAUCUGUUGUUUACAUCACCAAUCUCGCCGUCAGGCAGGAUGCUUUUACAUUGGAUGUGCUGGAGGUACCACAAGGAUCUGGAUCGAGUUUCGUUUGGGAUAAAGAUGGUCAUGUUGUCACGAAUUAUCGUCUGAUUCGCGGUGCAUCUGAUCUCAAGGUUACUCUUGCUGAUCAGACAACUUAUGAUGCAAAAGUCGUUGGAUUCGACCAAGACAAGGAUGUCGCUGUAUUGCGCGUUGGUGCACCCAAAGACAAACUAAGACCUAUACCUGUUGGUGUCUCGGCUGAUUUGCUUGUGGGUCAGAAAGUAUAUGCUAUUGACAACCCGUUCGGACUUGAUCAUACUCUUACAACCGGCUUUAUCAGUUGCCUUCGUAGAGAAAUCAGUUCUGCUGCAACUGGUCGCCCAAUUCAAGAUGUCAUAAAGACAGAUGCUGCCAUUAAUCCUGGUAAUAGUGGAGGGCCACUCCUAGAUAGUUCCGGAAACCUUAUUGGGAUAAACACUGCCAUAUAAUCUCCUUCUGGUGGGUCUUCUGGUUUCGGAUUUUCGAUUCUAGUUGACACGGCAACUAUUACCACAGACCUUGUAUUCCAUUUGAUCCGAUGUGUGUGCUGAGAUGCAAGUAUUUAUCUGUUUCUUUUUCUUUGCUUAGAUUAAGUCAUCCACUCAUUCCUACAUUUCCAGGUCAGUGGCAUUGUUGAUCAGUUGGUGAAGUUUGUGAAGGUGACGAGACCUAUUUUAGGCAUUAAAUUUGCGCCGUAUCAAUCUGUCGAACAGUUGGUAGUAACUGGAGUACUCGUCUUAGAUACUCCUCCAAAUGGUCCGGCUGGCAAGGCAGGUCUGCUACCGACAAAGUACGAUGCUUAUGGUAGACUAGUUUUGGGUGAUAUAAUAACAUCUGUUAAUGAAAAGGUCAACAAUGGCAGUGAUUUGUACAGAAUUCUUUAUCAAUGCUAAGUUGGUGAAACGGUUACCGUGGAGGUGUUGCGUGGAGAUCACAAGGAGAAGAUCCCUGUAGUACUCAAGCUGAAGUCGGAUGAGUCGUAAAAUGUCUUUUGAGAUGUGAUUAACUAUUUUUCUGGAAAUGAUCCUGUUGUACAUGUGCCAUCGAUUUGUAUCAUCUUUGACACAUUGUGAAGCAGAAGCCAUUAGCAUUUUGUAAGAAAAUUCAUUCAUCCCAUUAUUCAUUGACUGGAGCCA